AUGACUUCUGAAAAUACACAUUCGAGCGAAAGCUCUCCCCAUAACAAUGCUAUUAGUACGUCAAGGCUCUUUUGGACGGCCUUUCUUCUAUUAACUUCCUCGUUGUAUCUUUAUGUUGCAAUAAAAGACUACCAAAAUUGGCGACGUUUGCGUGAUGCAUUUUUUACAAAAAAUAAAAAAAAUGCAACAAAUUCACAAAAAAUCAUACCACAACAACAAAACCCUCUUGUCUUUGUUCCAUUUAUUCCCUUCGCAUUUGUAUAUUUACUUCUAAGACUUGCUUGGGAUGCCUUUAGACUAUUUGUAUUUUACUCGCUUGAUAGCGCAGAAGCAGGUGUAUACUAUUUGAUUGAUUUUAUUAAAUGGGGUGCUACAACGAUGCCGAAGUUUGUAUCGGCGGUUCGCUCGGGGUUUUGUUCUCACAUUAAAACACCGUUUCUCCGAUUCGCGAAUGCGUCCAUUGAUUGGAUGCAAGUAUACGUGUGGCCUGUUAUCAAACAUUAUAGCAUUGUUACUUAUCGAAUUUCUGUUGAUGCGGCCGAGAAAGGAAAAGCAUUAGCAAAAGAUUUUUACGAGAGCAGUGUAGAGUUGUCAAAAGUAGGCUGGAGAGAAGUUGGAUACCCGAUUUGUAUGUUCUUGGUUCGACUUUUCGAUGCAUUGGUUGUUGAGCCAGUGGAUUGGAUUAUUCCGAGAGCAAUUUACCUUCAACGAAUUAUGUGGCAUUGUGCGUGUUUUCUUGCCAGAGAUUUGUCGGAAGAUUUCAGAGAUCUUUGUGUUUUUACAUGGAAAAUCGCAACCACUGCUUGGAUUAAUAUAUUGGAGCCUACUGCUCUAUUUGUCGAAAAAUUGAUAACCGCUUCGUAUCAAAAAGCAAUAUCAAACGGAAAAUUGCUGGCAAUCUUUUUGUAUGAACAAUUAAUCCUUGCUGGCAUUUGUGAAGUGACUUGGUUUUUCUUGGGAAUUUUACAAGAUCCGAUUAUUCGCUCAACUGUCAAAAAGGUUUACUUGUUUAUUUAUGAGGGAACCAUUCUCUCCCGCAUUAAACAAAAGAUUGAUAUUCUUAUCCCAGAAAUCGGAGAGAAUGUUAGAAGAUCAAUUCUUGGCACGAUCGAAGGAAUUUCUCGUACAUGUGUCGAUGUAUAUAUUCUUUCGGUAUGCGCAAAAGAUAUUGUUGCUCCCAUUUUACAUGCUAUUCCUAUAAUUCACGCGGAUCUAAAGCGGAUUUUCACGAGUGCGUAUUACUUGGUUCGACGAACUUUAACGGAAACACUCCAAAGUUUAUGGGCCGUCUUUGCACCAUUAAUACGUCCUGUCAUUACACUUCUUGGUAUUUUCUAUACUACUGUGAUCCUUGUCGCGAUUUUAGUCGCGAUCCGAACGGUAAAAGCCAUAUUUGCAUGGAGUGUAAUAGCACUCGCGUAUCUUUGGCACCGGUCCGAAAUAAUAUCUGGCAUGAUAUCCAGCACAUUGAUCCUGUUUUGUCAAUCAAUCCGUCCUUACCUCACCACUUUUACAAAUACUUUGACAAAGGUCUCAACGUCCGUCUUCGCCAGUCUUUCAGAGGCUUGGGCUUUAUAUUUCCCUUAUGUCAUUGAAAAUGUCACGAAAUUUCUCGCGGUUCAGAUUCAAGCAAUCCGAGCUUUCGGAUAUGAAGCUUAUGCUCGGUAUCUUCCGCUGAUGAUUGAUUUCAAGGAACGUGUCGUACUGGCUGCAGAUCAGGCAGUUGUUAUGAUUGGCCAAACGAUGAUGGAGUGGACAAAGAAAGAAAAAGAAUUAAGGGUGUCGAUUUACAUGAAUAACGUCAAUUACGUAAAUAGUGACAGUAAUUGA